ACGUCCAGCAGCUGGUGGUGAGUAAAGAACAGGCUCCCCCUGAGCAGCAGCAGUGGAGCCCCCAUGUGGACCAGCAGGACCCAGAGCCCCCCCACAUUAAAGAGGAACAGGAAGAACCGUGGACCAGUCAGGAGGGAGAGCAGCCUCAAGGACUGGAGGAGGCUGAUAUCAAGUUCACAUUGACUCCUGUCGCUGUGAAGAGUGAAGAAGAUGAAGAGAAACCUAUGUUGUUACAGCUUCAUCAGAGUCAGGACAACAGAGCGGACUGUGGAGGACCAGAACCAGCCAGGAACUCAGGUCCUGAUGGACAUUUACAACCUGUUAGUGAAGAUAAUUCUUUAGUUUCUACUGAAACUGAUGAAAGUGAGUGUGAUUGGACACAAUCCAAUGAAGAUCAGUCAGGUAACGAGGUUGAUAAAAACUGUGAAGCUCCUGAAACAGGGACUUCAGUGAAGGAGAGACCCUUCCCCUGCUCGUACUGCGGUAAAAGAUUCAGCCUUAAAGGAAACUUGAACAGACACAUCAGAGACCAUACGGGCGAGAGACCGUUUCCCUGCACAGGUUGUGACAAAUCAUUUAAGGACAGUGGCUCGUUGACGGCACAUAUGAGGUGCCACACAGGAGAGCAACCGUACAGCUGCUUAUUCUGUGGGAAGAAUUUUAGCGGAAGGGGAAACAUGACCAGACACAUGAGAAUCCACACAGGAGAGAAACCGUUUACCUGCUCGGUGUGUAACAAAAGUUUUCAUGUGAAAGAACACCUCAACAGACAUAUGAAGUAUCACACAGGGGAGAAACCGUUCAAUUGCUCCAUCUGUGGUAAAGGUUGUGCUCAGAAAACUGACCUGAAGAAACACAUGAGAGUUCACACGGGAGAGAAACCAUUUAGUUGUCCCUUCUGCGGAAAGUGCUGUGCUGAAAAAGGAGACCUGACCAAACACAUGAGAGUUCACACAGGAGAGAAACCGUUCAGCUGCAACGUUUGCGGUAAAAGUUGCGCUCAAAAGGGAAGCCUGAAGAUUCACAUGAGAAUCCACACAGGAGAGAAACCUUUCAGCUGCUCAGUCUGCGGCAAAUGUUUCACUGUCACAGGACAUCUGAAGAGACACAUGAAGCUACAUGCUGCAGACAGUCAGGUGAACAAGGCUGAAGAUAUCCAUUCAGACAAAGCACAGCAGCAGGUGGAUGGAGUGAACACGUCGUGACGUUCCCUCGGUGCAGAGGAAAGAUGUUAGAGAUACAGCUCACGUUUAUCAAACAUCUCACGUCCAGUUGAUUCCUCCACCAAGACCUAAUGGUCCCUCAAACUCAGUCAAGCUGCAGCAAAUCACACAAACUCCUAAAAAAAUCAGUCCACUAAAUAUUUCUCAUUUUAUUCAUCUUCCAUGAAUUGUUUUCUGAGAUAUCAACAAAAGUGUUACAAGAAGUUUUGUCUCUGUUAAAGUUAAGAUGCUUCAGACUGAACUCAGGUCUCUGGAUCUUCUCUGGAGGACGAACUCAAAUGUCAGAGUGAGACUCAGUUUGUCUGUCUCCUCCUUCACUCCUGUAUAAAGUCUAAAUCCAGGAGAAGUGAGGACUCAGCAGAGCGUCCUCCACUGAGUUAUUGAGUGAGUGGGGGGGUGAUGAGCUUCUAACACGUGACACAAACAUGAAGAUGUGAAGACAGUUUGUGGUGAUAAGAGCUGACGACGGUGUCAGGUGAUGUAAACAUGAUCACAUGAUCACUUCCUGUCUGUCUGCUCCACCUCUCACCUGAAGGUCGAGGAGGAUCUGAUGCUGAACGAGUCUGAGCAGAAAACCUGCUGCUGAGUUGUUCAGCUGUGAAACAUGAACUCUGGAGACGAGUCUCUGGAUUCUACCUGGAGUUCACAUCUGAAAACGGUUUAAAAAACGGGAGAAGGAAAUCUGAUGUGACUCCGCCUCCUGAUCUGAUCUGGAAAGUGUAACGACUUCAUCUUUGAGGUUUGCUGGAGAUCUGUCCGUCCUGCUGACAA